AUGAUUCAAAACCCUAAUUUAAGCGAUUCAAAUCUGAACUCGUCCUGCAAUGAAGACUUCGAAUUGCCCGAUGGAAGUAAACACCAAAAUCGUGAAAAGGAAGAAACUCACCGGCUGAACUUCAGAGCAAUUGAGAAAAUCGAUGAUCCAACUGAAGCGGAAGACAGAGAAUCUAAGAAGAAGCGAAACCUUAGAGGAGUAAAAACCCUAAAAUGUUGA